AUGAAUUGCAAGAAACACAUGAUGAGUUCUUGGAUGAAGAAACAUCAUAUUCAAGCACAGUUUCGAACACAAGUCAAAAACGAAUUCAAAGAUGAAAAUAAUUUAUAUUCAAGCACAGUUUGGAACAUGAUUGGAAAACUGAUUAAAACAAGUCUGAAAAAUAAUUUAUAUUCAAGCACAGUUUGGAAUAUAAUUGGAAAACUAUUCAGAAAAACAAUUCAGAAUAAUGAUUCAUAUUCAAUAGAUUCUAUCAGUCAAUCAAGAACUGACAACAUGCAAAUGAAAAUCUUUCUAUACAUACAAAUGGAGCUAUGUCAAAGACACAGUCUCAAAGAAUGGUUGGUACACACAGCAAAAACAAGAGAUACCCAGCAUAGUCUGAAGAUCUUUUACCAAAUCGUUAACGCCGUUCAAUACAUUCACAAUCAAGAUCUGAUCCAUCGUGACUUGAAGCCGGCUAACAUUUUUUUUGCACCUGAUGAUAAGAUCAAAGUUGGUGACUUUGGACUCAUCUCAGCAAUACAGGCAGAUUGCAACGAAUAUGAUACUACCAGUAGCAUAUCAGAAGUGAAAAAAAUUAAAGCAAAAUUGAAUACUGCCGGUGUAGGCACCGCGUUAUACAUGGCUCCAGAACAGAAAGAAAACAGUCAAAGUUAUAACAACAAAGUGGAUGUUUAUUCACUAGGUAUCAUUUUCUUCGAACUCUUAGAACCUAUGACAACUGACAUGGAAAGAAGUCGUAAGAUCGGAUCUUUGAAGAAUUUAACUUUUCCACCAGAUUUUGAGCAGCGAUAUCCAGAUGAGUGCAAAUUGCUGAAGAUCAUGCUGCAUGAAAAUCCAAAGAGACGUCCAACGGCGUCAGGCAUCAAAAGACGACCACCAUUAUGUAAUCUACGAUAUGGUACGGACUUCGAAGAAAGUACGCAGAUUUCAUCGUCUCCCAGGCAAACAUUGGAAGACCGAAACAAAAAUAGUUUAUGUCCACCUUCUGCAUUAUCCACUGAUCCGUCUGACGAUCACACGGAAGUUGAAUUCAGACUAUGA